AGAUUAAUUUCACAUUCUGAUCUCUUACGAUUUCUUAAAGCUAAUCAGAAAUGCUUGCUGAUGCUGACGACUUUUCGGAUAACUUGGAUAGCUCUUACGGAUAUGCUCCGAUAGUCAAAAGGAAAGUGGAAAUCGAGGAGUAUGUUCAGGAUGUUGCAUCUGGAGACGCAAGCGUAUCGGAUCACCCUCUUCCUCCAACCUUUCUGCGAGCAGAUCUGAAUCCUGAACCUCCAGGCAAUUUUGCAAGUGAGACCGCUAUUCGAGCAGGCUGCAGUGAGGACUGUAUCAAUGCUGCUCGCUCUCAGGUGGAUGGUCCUGUUGGAUUGGAUGACCUAAUGUCUAAGGUGAGCGAUUCAGACGCUUCUCGCUUGUCAACUCAGCUGCGUCGAGAGCUAGAAUGCGAAUGGAAGUCAACAUCUUUAUCGACCAGCGCAUUUACAGAGGAUGCUCAUCUCGAUUUACUGCAUAUGUACGAUCUGCUCUGCAAUAUAAAUCUGCAGCUUCUUGUUAUGCAAAGGGAGAUGCUUAAACAUGAGACCGCUGCACAUAAGUUCCGCGAAUCUGGACAACUGAAAGCUUUCGGAUAUGAGGACGGCAGCAACAAAGAGCAGCUUUGUCGGUUGAUGUGCUCUCUCAGCAUCUCCUCGUCAAAGCUUUGUGAACGUAUCGAUAGCCUAAAUCGAGCUCUGCUUGGUUCCUCCAUUUCUGGAUCGAAAAAUGAUGAAAGUAGUCUGCUUUCUCGUUUUAUGUUACCCGCAAGUAUUACAGUUUGCGUUCUUGGGUUUCUGUUUAUCCACAUGCGAAAUGGUACUUCUUGAUCUUUAGUUUCCAUAUCAGACCUCUAUUUCAUAUAUCGGUGCUUAAUAUCUCUUGCUUUCUACUACCUGAUACCUCAUCAUUACUACCUAUUUAUCCCAAUUUUGGAUAAUCUACCAAUUUCUCCAGUUACUCAAGUAAAAGUUUGAAGCC